GACUCAGUCGUUUCUCUAAACGUCAGCCUAGGCAAAAUGGUGUUCAAGUUCCCCACCCCUCCCGGCACCCAGAAGAAGGCGGGCACCACCGCUACCAAGCCGGCCCCUAAGGCGACCACCAAGAAGGUUGCCACCUCCACCGGCACUCGCUCGGGCGGCGUUGGCUACCGCAAGUACCAGGGCGAUGCCCUGUGGCUGCCGAACACCACCCGCCCCGAGUGGCUGGAUGGCUCUCUGCCCGGCGACCGCGGCUUCGAUCCCCUGGGCCUGUCCAAGCCCUCGGAGUUCGUGGUGAUUGGCGUUGACGAGAACGACCAGAACGCUGCCAAGAACAACAAGGGCUCCGUCGAGGCCAUCGUCCAGGCUACCCCCGAUGAGGUUAGCUCGGAGAACCGCCUGGCUCCCUACUCGGAGGUGUUCGGCCUGGCUCGCUUCCGCGAGUGCGAGCUGAUUCACGGCCGCUGGGCCAUGCUUGCCUGCCUGGGCGCCCUGGUGGCUGAGGCCACCACCGGUGUGUCUUGGGUUGAGGCCGGCAAGGUCGAGCUGGACGGCGCCUCGUACGCCGGCCUGUCCCUGCCCUUCUCCAUCACCCAGCUGAUCUGGAUUGAGGUGAUCCUGGUCGGUGGCGCUGAGUUCUACCGCAACAGCGAGACCAACCCCGAGAAGCGCUGCUACCCCGGCGGCGUGUUCGACCCCCUCAAGCUGGCCUCUGAGGACGAGGAGCGCGCCUUCCGCCUGAAGACCGCUGAGAUCAAGCACGCCCGCCUGGCGAUGGUCUCCUUCUUCGGCUACGGUGUGCAGGCUCUGUCGACUGGCGAGGGCGCCCUGGGCUCUCUGGCCAAGUUCGCUGACGGCCUGAACAACGGCAAGGGGCUCUAAGCAGCUCGCUCAUUUUGACAUUGUUGAGUCGGCUAGGUUGUGAGUGCCUGUGCGCGUAAGAGCGUGUGCGAUGCCCCCCGGCACGCGCGAGAGCCUUAGCUGCGCUGCCUCUGGCUAUUUUGCUUGCGCUGGAGCGACGUGUGCGGCGGGCGGCAGCGACUGCAGGGGGAGGUAAACUGCAGGGAUGGAAGCGGACGAGGCUGCGUGGAAGCAGCGAUGCUGACUAGCGGUCUCGAUCGGAUGCUGGUUGGAUGCUGUGGAGGUGGUGUGGUACAGCGGAAUGGGGAGUGGAUUGAGGUACUCCCUUUGUUGUGUAUGAUAAGUUGCCAACUGCUCAGGUCUUGGCAAUCAAAACGUGUGGUUUGUGUGAGCGGAGGUUAUCCCCGCGACCCCUGUCCUCGAGAAGACCAUCAUUAAGCGAAUUCGACCGGUCACUCCGGCGAUCAUAAAGACAUACACCUACUGCCGCGACGCCGGCUAAGGUGGCAUGUAAUCCAGAUAGAUG